CGCCAGUAGCAACUGGGGUCGCUGGAAUUUCAUAAUGGCUGUAUGCACACCGCGGCCAAUGGCCAGCAAAUAAUGUUAUUGUUUGUAUGUGAUCACAGCCUGCAGUUUCUUUGUUGAGGUGUAACGAUUGUGCCAAUCACGGGUCGUGACGAUGACCGGUGUCGCGUCAACUGUGGAUAGCGUGCUGUGAUAUCACCUGUGUUGUGUGUUGUGCACUUGCCAACGCGACCAAUAUGUGAUGUUUUGCGAUGAAGUUGGAUACCGACAAAGUUUGCCCGCUAUGUUGUACGUUCGUGAAUGUGUCAGUUAACAGCUGGAUAACCUCAUCUCAUCGAGUAUUCAUGUUCCUAAACAACUCCUGAGCCGUACAAGCAAAAUAAUCAAUCGGAUCUCAACCUUGAAGAUAAAGGAGCCUUGGCCUAUUGGCAAACGAAUCUAGGGCAGCGACUCUCUUCAGUAAAAGUGCAUGCAGUUCGUGGCGAAAGGACGGAACCAUGAGCAUAGUCUAGAUAUGGAAUUGCGCAAGAGUUUACGAAGAAAGGGGGCCGCCAAUAUAAGGUCCCCUGCAGUUCGAAGGAACAGUUCGGCAGAAGUGAUCAUGAAAGGUUGGCUAUACAAGCUGGAAGGCUCUACCAUCAAGCAAUGGAAGAAGAGAUGGUUUAUCCUGUCUGAGUAUUGCCUCUUCUACUACAAAGGACCAGAUGAGGAAAAAUGUCUAGGUUCCAUCCUACUGCCAAGCUACAAAAUCCGGCCUUGCACUGGAGAAGACAAAGUUUCACACAAACAUGCAUUUGUGGCCGAACACCAGAACACGAAGAGCUACUACUUUGCUGCCGAGAAUAGUACCAGUAUGUGCCAAUGGAUGAACGCAAUGUGCCUUGCUUCUCUCAUGCAGCGAGAACCACAACAAGGUGUGGAGCAGUGCCCUCAACCGCAGCAUGAAAAUUUCCCGCCGAGCUACGAAGGCAUUCAUCCUUUCCGUCCUCAUCCAGCUCAGUAUCACCACCAUCAUCCUCCACAGCCCCAUCCCAGCGCUCAUUAUCAACCGAACGAACCACCCUACGACGCCAACGAUUACAAUGCUGCUGAGAAUGACUUCCUGCUCAGUGGGGAACAGUAUCCCUGUUCGUACACUCAGAGUCCCAUCUACGACAGCCGACCGAACAAAGGACCCGUCUACGCCAACGCGCCACCGAAGCCUCGCCGGCACGGAACAGCGUCGCCUACAAGCGACCCAUACGGUUUCGAACCCCCCAUGGGAGCAGAAGCCAGGAUACCACACAGUCCAGCCCACCCGUACGGCGCGUCGGAUUUGCCAGUGGGUGCCGCCGACCCGAGAUGUCACUACGGCGAUCCGCUUGGAAAAGGACCUUUGUUUCGACCACGCUCUGCAGACUUCUUGGAGAGGAGCGACAAUGGCAGGGAGUCUCGCAUGCGCCGAGUGUCGCAGGGCAAGCCGAGACCAAAGUCAAGCAUGGCUCACUAUGACUGGCAGGGCGAAGAUGAAGAUGAUGAAGACGUGUGGGCUGGAUACGUCGAAGGUCGAGAAGAAGGGCAGCGACGUGCGAGCAGUGACUCGCGACCGACACCUGCCGAUGGCGGAGGACGGGUGGCCGGCGCGAGGACUGCGCUAGCACAGUCGUCGCUUGGUUCUUCUCUUGGGAGUGUGCAAUCCAAGAAGACUCCUCAUAAAGAAGAGUCAAUGAAGCGCCUGCUUGAAUGGAAACAACGCAUGCUACAAUCUCCACUGCGAAAGAAGCACCAGGGUCAGGGUGCCAUACCUCCAGACAUGUACAGCAGCAUGGCAAAAAGACCAGUCUCCUCGCUUGGCCUUGGCUCCAGCCAUCCCCCUGAGCGACCCCCACUGCCAAGGGAAUACCAGAUGAAGCUCCUGAAGGAUGCAGAGACACAAGAAAGCCGCGUGGCCGUGCUGCAGCAGCAAAAUUUGAACACCCCACUACCAGAUAGGCAGGACCUGAGAGCUCCACCCGGGCCGGAUUUAAUACAACACGCAAAAAUAUCUCCCACCAAGCCCUCCGCAACUGAGUCGCCAGACUACGUCAACCUUCGCAACCUCCACUAUCCCCCAUCAAACAGCAGGAGGGGGCACGACUUUCAAGAAACUGUGUUCGCAAACCACACACCCAGCUUCCAACAACCUGAUCGACCGUACUGCAUCAGCCCUCAUCAGCCUCCAGCAUCCACGGUACAGUACGUUCCAAGGAACAGCCGCCAAUACGAAGACCAUGCCACAGACAACAGCGCCCAGAGGGCUACAUACCAGAACGUGAUGAGGCCAAGGUCUGCUCCGUAUUACAAGGAUUCUGACGGAUUCCCCGACGUUCCGCCCAUUCAGUCUUCCACUCCAACAGAAGCAGCCCAAGCGCGGACACGUUGUUUCAGUCCCGGAGUAGAAGGCAAUAGUGAAAGGUGGCAGCAAAAGGCUGAUCCUGUCUACGCGAGUCAAAGACAGGCGGGGACACAGUGUUACCCCGGUCCAGUUCCUCUAGUUAAUAAAGGAAAGCCAAAACAAACCGAGUCAAAGUCGCAGUACAGUCGUUACAUGCAAGAGGCAGACAUGGCUUACAGCACAAAGGCGCCUACUGGCGACGCAGCAGGUCAGCAAGGUUUGUCGAGAGACAACUUGCAUGCUCAACGUGUGAAAGUAACUAGGCAGUCCUUAAGUAGAACAGAAAGUGAUAGGUCGUGUUCGGAUUCAAAGCCGACUUAUUUGGCAGACGAGGGCACUAGUCCAGUCAUUAAUUCACCAUCGCUACGUAAAGAUGUAGAUUCGCCAAGCGAGACGAGCUCCGACGUGUUUGCCAUACAGAAGGAAGACUACUACAGGGCAUCCCAGUUAUUCUACUCGAAGCAGCCAUUGUCAAAAGGCUUGCUCGCAACGGUAUCGGAUACGAGUGCAGAAAGUUAUCAAGUGGAAACUUUCGAUAGCCGCUACAGGAGAAACUGCAACACCCCCAAGAGUCCAGAAUGGGAAUUGGACAAGGAUAUUGGACUUCCAGUGCCCGACAAUUUAGACUUGUCUUUCCAGUCAACGAGCAACAAUUCUGUUUUUGAAGCUCCGUGCGAAACCCCGGGGGACCAGAGCCCAGAGUUCUUUCAAGGCACCUUACGGCCGAGUAGAACCUACGUGAGAGAUCGGCAGAGCUCUAAAGAAGACACAUUAAACGGCGGAGCUUCGAACGGCACUAGGGUGAACGUGGCGACGUCUAAACAGAAACCGCUUACGGAAGUUUGCUUCGAAGAGAUGCGCUCCACGAUACAAAAGAAAAAAGAAGCCCCUCCUCCCAACAUAGUUCAGGAUAGAAUAAAAUGCUUCGAACCUAAGGAAGGCUCGAACGUGGCUGAGAGUCCAAAAGAAGCCGUGGAAGGAAAGAAAUGUCCAGGAGACUCCGACAAUCCAACGCCGGAACCGGAGGAGAGUGAAGAUUCGGACUCCAGUUGCGACGUAGCCACAUUAAAAUCUAUGCACGAGAGCCAGUCGCACAGCACUUCUGUCCUGUCGGACUUGCGCAAGACGGCAGACACAAAGAAAGAUGACGUCUCGCAUAUCCCAUCCCUGGACGUCGUGCCGACUGCCCCCAAAGUACCCACGGGUACCUCGAGCAACGCACUUCAUGUACCCAAGAGCUCGGAAGCGCACUACGUCCCUAUGGGAGGAUGGUUGGCUAAAGAUGCAGACUACGUAACCAUGAGCAUCGAUUCGAGCGCAGACUCUAAGGCCAGCGAGCCAGUGUACAAUGAACCAAUGGUACCCGUUCCUAGCUUUGUGCAUGACGCGUUCAGUAAGUUGAGUUCUGCCACAAGACAGAAAUCAAAGGACAUCUCAGGAAGCAGCAGUGAUUGUUCAACCGAGAACAUCUAUGAGCGGGUGCGGCAGGGCUCAUUGGCAGAGACUUCUCCCAAGACGGCACUGGCACUGUCGGCAGACAGAGAAAGCUCAGCAAAGGUUGAAGAGGUCCCCGUUUACGAAGAGCCAUAUGCGCUGGUCAAUGCAUCCGCUGGUAAUGGAGUCCUAGGAAAUGCUGAUGCGCGAUUUGGAAUCUUUGGAACAGAAAAUCACACCACGAAGCUACCAACAAAGAAACCUUUUCCUGACCUUCUCCACCACGAGGAAGUAAAGGACUCUGGCGCGUCCGAUGCGGAUGAUGAAGCGAGUCGUGCCGAUUUUGAUACUGCACCAUCUUCACUGCCAAGUUAUCAAAAAGAAGUGCUCAGCGAACACCUGCUCAGCAGUGGCGAGGCACUGUCUCAGCCCUUGGGUCUCAUAUCGCAACAGUCAUACUCUCCAGUGUAUGCUACACAGACAACAAAGUACACUCUACAUCGAGAACGGCUUCAGAAGCAGGAGACAGUCCUGGGGAUGACGGGCGGGAAAGAAGUUAAUACGGUUCCGAGCCGGCUCACAGACGGCGCUGUGCCGACACAGUCGAGUGUGUCUCCCGCUAAAGCUUCCAAGAUGGGCGUAAACCUUCACAGCAAGAAGCCAGAGAUGCCGACGAGCAUUGGACUGCUGAGAACCAUGGAGUGCGACACUAGUUCCAGUGACCCGGGUUCAUUGCUUUGUGGGCCAAAAGGAGCCAGCAAAGUUCCAGAGGGAUCAGCACGACCACGAGGAACACCCGAAACUCUUUCGCAAGUGUCGUCACCACUGCUCUCAACCGCACCUGACGUGCUGCCCUCCGAAGUUAGAACUGUCGUAUCUGAAUGUAACAGUAAAAAGUCGCCCAAUUGUGCCCCAUAUUAUUACUCGGAUAUCUUUGGAGAAAAGCUGGGACAAGGCGCAAACGUAAGGCAACCCGGCCAACACAUGCGCAUCACACCAAACAUGCUGAAUAACAUCCGGGAGAUGAGGAUGAACUCGCCAACUCCAAGAGGUGAUGUCGGUCGUCGAGUAAACGACAUCUCAAUCUCGGCACCGAAUGGACUCAACACGAGUCACAUCAGAACGCGCUCAGAGCCAGAACCCAUGACAGCCGAGUUUGAGAACACCAUCCGCGGCUUGCUCAAUCCUUCGGAUACCCGAAAAUUUUCAGAUGCGGAGAAGAACAAGUACAUCGCAGGUCACACACUGGAGAAGACAUCGCAUAUGGCACAUUCUGUGCUGUCUGGUAUGCGCAAGCAGCGUUGCGACGAUAGGAAACUUGAUGACACGAGUCAGCCAAGCAACAUGCUGCCGAGGCGACUCUCCAGGUCUUUGGAAGACGUCAUCGAUGUGCAGGGGAGCACGCCACGAAGCAAGACACCUCUCGUCGGAGCUUCAGAUGCCUACGAUGAGCCCUAUUACGAGAACGUCGGGUUUGCAUCUGCGAGUAAGCCGCAAGCUCCAAGGUGUUCUGCUGGGCCACAAGCAUCGGCGGCAAAGCACAGUGUGUACGACGGGGAAGACCUCUGCGGAGAAAUUGCUGUUGGCAGCAUAGUGAAGAAUCUUUUCGGGAACAGCGUAGAUUUUUUAGGGGUACCUCCGACCAGUUCUUCGGUGACAAACCUUUACGGAGGGCUCGGUCAUCUCCAACAGAGAAGUGACGUGACAGCCAUCAGUUCAGGUUUGGCAGCGGUUGAUCUUGGUCAGAGUGAUCGGGAUGCUAAUGCAGGCCUACAUGCCACUUCAGGCAUACAGAAAGCGCUGAACAGCUUCACAAAGGAACAAGACCAUGGCAUACACAAUUACAGCAAUGAUAGUCUUCAUUCUUACAGCUCAGAGUGCCAGUUAGAUGCUCACAAUGUGUUUGAGACGGAGAUGUCUUCCUCUUCCCCAAGCACGGGACUUAGUCACAGUUUUUCGGCAGGCGAUUUACUUGGCAAAAGUCACGAAGAGCUCGUUUUGCUCCUGAUUCAACUCCGGAGGAAUCACAACAACCUAACUACCGCAAAAGUUCGUUGCGAAAUGGAGCUUCGAACACUCAAAGAGAACAUUGUGCAUAGCGACUCGAAACACAGCGCAACUGACGUUCAGAGACUCGUCAGCGUUCAGCGGAAGCUGAACGAGCUGAACAAGAACCUCCAGCUCACUCAACCGCUUAUAAACUUGGUCGAGAACAUGGUGAAGCUCGGAAGCCUCUACAACAUUGCCAGCUCUGCCAAUCUCGCUGAAGUCCAGGACAGUGGAUAUGCCAACAAUGGUGGUAACAGCAUUGGUAGAGAGACUGCUGAGAUACAACGGGCAACCAUUGAGAAAGAAAUUGAAACCAUCAGGAACAUGCUGGCCGGGGGCAUUACUCCUGGUGGGCCAUCAAAGGAGGAUCUUGAAGUGGAACUGCGAAGGCUACAGACCCUCGUGGAUGAACUGCUGCACAGAAAGCGGGGGCUCAACUUCCCGCCCAUUGCAGACGACACUGGGAAGCCCUCCAAGCCCACGCAGGUCAACCUUUCCUCUACAGCCGCGUCAGGUCGGAAGAAGCACGAGAGGACGUACUACGAAACUGAUCUCGAUUCUGGCAUUACAAAUGAUGUUGCCACAGAUGUGCUGACCUGUCAUGCAGCAGAAGCAUCAUACGUAAUGGAUGCUGCUUCCAUCAUUGCCUCACCCGAACCAGUGUGUGCAGCAGAAGAGCUCUUAUACCUGACUCAAGACAUCAACGAAGCCGAUGACCGAACAAAAAAAUUUUACGGAAUCCUUCCACGUGACAGAGCCCAAGAGAUCAAAACAGUUCGCAUAGUGAAGAGAGAGUCUGAAAGACGACAGAGAGGGAGGGAUCAUAGGCGCAAGGGACCUUUUGAAGAAGGACUGGUGCAUGGAAGACAGGAGGCCUUGUUCUACCAGGACCAGGCUGAACAAGAUCCAUCAUCUGACGACAGCACCAAGCAGGAAGCCGUGUUCAAGGAUAAGCAGGCUGUGACGGAGAGCCACAAGAAGAGCGAACAGAGCGUGACACCAUCAUCUUCAGCGGAUAGCCUGUCUAGCGGAGGAAGGUCACCUCGACGGAACAGGCGAAACAAGCGUAGGCACUACACCAUUUCAGGAAGUCUCCAGUUCCUGGACCAGCACUCCCCACCAAAACUGCCGGCAAGUUUGAGAUCAAGGGAUGACAUGGACAUGGAGAGAUGUCUACGCACCGUCAACACCCCCGAUAUUGUUCGCUCAACAAUCAAGAAGUCUGAUGUAUAUGAUGAACAGACCAUAGACAGACAGAUUGGACUGCCACAGAAGAUACUCAUUCCUGAACGUUACAUUGAAGUGGAGUCAGAAAACAUAACUGCUGUCGAACGGCUAAGGAGAAGCCUCAAGGCUGCCAACAUUAGGAAAAUGCUUACCGAAUCUGUUGCGUACCAAGAUAUUGGAGCUCGAGAUUCGGUCGAGGGAGUCCGCUCAAAGGUCGGGGAAGAAAAGCGUAGACGGGCGCACCUACUUGCUCUGAAUCACAGUAUUGCCAAGGAAGUCAUGGAAAGAAGCAAAAUGGUUGCAGCACACAUCACCCCCGUGGAGAAUGCACAAUGACAGCGGCUGCAUGUGAUGCACGAAGUGGCUGAACCGUUGAAGACACUUCCGCAUUACUUGAAUUUACUUUGUUUCACAUACCUGUGCAUGUUGGACUUGUCUCAGUUUCCGUCGUUUAUGUGUGUCAGCACGAAAUUUGUCAUCACAUGUCUUGUACUGGCCUUUACAUCAAAGCCUCGACCAUUUUGUAUGAACACGGCAUCUCCCGACCCGAUUGUCCCAUAAUAUCCAAGUUAAAUGCACUCAGGUUGACAGAAAAGCUGCUUAUUUUGAUGGCGUUUUUGCUCAAGCCCUAAAAUAUGUGUAUUUUUACUGAGCAGAGUUUAAUGGUCUUAAGAUUUUAAGCCUCAGAGGUGCUGUCGAUAGCUCAGGUUUGUUACGUGCAGCUUAAAGUAUUAUACUCCAUAGUACUAAGUUUAUGCAUGAGCCAGUUUUUGUGUGUUUUGUCAAGUGCAUGCCUACAGACUUCGAGUUAUUGUUCACAAAUGCUUAACUGUACCGCUACCCAUUUUUAGAGCUCGGUACAUACAGCGGAGACUGAAGCAUACGUGCCUACAUAUAUCGUAAUAAAUAUCUCCAAUAGACACAACCAGCACACAGCAACAGUAAAAACGACGCUGAACCUAGGGACCAACAUGGAUCAUUAUCAUUUGAAAAUGUAUUACAUAAGGUUACAGUUUAUCUGUACCUGUCAUCCCACAUGCCUAUAUCAUCCUGUACGCACCUCAUAGUUUCUUUCAAAACAGGGCAGCUCCACAUUUUUCUUUUGUGUACUUUUUCUUUUGUGCUUGGAAGUCUGUGCAUGUUAAAAAUGUGUUCUUGUGUGGCAGCAAUCUUGAGAGAGAGAAGGUAUUUUUGAGGGAUAGUUCUAUUAUGUGUUAUACCUGUAUGUGAUGCGAGGAAGCACAUCACAGCCGUCACAAGGCAGUCUAUAUUUUUUAGAGCGCUGCCAUAGCUCCCACCAUUUACAGUGUUGCCAUGUUUUUUACACACAUUUUUGUGUUUUUUAUUAUGUGUCCAGACUUUAUCAGGACAUGUGGUCAACUCAUGGUGCUUUUUGUACAAUAUUUUUUUAUGCUUUUCACAGCAUGCAGAGCAUGUUUAACGUACACUACUUACACAAGGUUGGUCUUUUGUACCAUGUAGCUUUUGCAGUGAUAACAUUAACAGUUCUUCAUACUUAUGUUACGUUAUUCAGAGAUGCUGCUCAUCACGUGUUUUUACCUCAACAUAAAUAUUGUGCAUUGUCUAGGGACAGCAUUUUUUUACUCUGUCAGUUAAGGGAGAGUUGAUAGAGCUUGAUUCCUAGCUAUCAAGCACUUCUACAAAACCACACAGGGUCACAAACAGAGCUGUGUAAGUAAGUAAGAAAAUGUAAUUACAUGUUACUCAGUUACUCGUCAAGUGUAACUGAGUUACUCUCGAAUUACUCCACGUUAUGUGCGCAAUAAUGAGCUUAAAUAGCGCACCUAAAAUGUGGUGAUAACUUACUAGGUCGAUAGCAAUGCUUCUGUGAUAUAGAAAAAAAGAAAGGCUCCACAUUGCUGACUUUCAAAAACACAUCACAAGUUAAAUACUGUUUAGGUAUACUAGUAAUUCCAGUAAGUGCAAGGGGUGAUCUUGAAUCUAGUAAAAGAACACUUAUUGAUUUGAAAAUAUGUGAUAUUGCAGACAUAUCUACAACAGGCUUGUUAAAGCCAUUGCACAGUCUGUCCCCAACAGCACAUUUUGUGUCGUGCGUAUACCGUCCCGUUCUCUGCUCGAUGCGAGCGUGUAAAGCAGUGUGUGACAUGCAAUGUUGCAAUGUCUGCUGAUAUGUUAUUAAUGAUAAUGUAAUUAGCAGUCGACCUCUCAGUUCAGAGAGCACUGGAUGAAGUUGUCAAGAGAGACGGAAACACCAAUAUCAGAACUGCGCACACUUAAUGCCAAACCAUUUCUAAGCAUCCCAUUUUUCAACUGAACAUCCAAGAGAUGCAUUGCAGUUCUGCAGUAGAUCUUGCUGUUGUCCUCCUUUCAAGCCAUUCAUAUCUGACAUAACUAAUGCAGCACUCAGUCUACAAAAGAAAGCUUUGUAGUGUGGAAGAAGCAAAUGUGUCAGUUUCUUGUACAAAUUACAAGCUUAGUUACUUGUAAUUACUUGCUUCACAGCUCUGGUCACAAAUGCGACCCCGAGGGAAUGCAAAAUCCUCAAUAAGGGACUCAACUGCCACAAAACAGAUUUGUCAUUUGUGACUUAACACUUGCACCCAUUGAGUAUUUCGUGACAUGUGGUUGUGGGUUGCUGACAUAUUAUAGCAGUAUUCUUGCUACUUCAUUUUACCUUUCAUUGCAUUUUGUUUAUUUUAUUUUUUUGUGACAGUACUAUGUUGAGAACUCGGUGAAUGAAAUAAAGAUCCGUCCAUGUUUCGGUAACAUGAGGUGUGAAUUCUCCACAGUGUUACAUAAAAUGCUUUUGCAUGGAUUUGGGGGGAGAUACCCAUACAGCAGCUCACACAGCUCCCAUUACCACAGUGAUGGCAACGCUAGAACGACUGGACCCGCAAGUUCUCAGUGAAGAAGCUCGACGCAGGGAACUGGAGGAACAGGACUCGAGCCCUGAACAACCACUUCCUCUUUACCAGCAAAGAUACAACUAUCUCACAUAGGUUCCGUUAUCUAUUCAUUCACUCAGGUCACAUGUGCAGCUAGAAAAGGCAGUCUGUAUAGUUGAUUUACUUUUGUUCACUACUAUGCAUGUAAGCAUUACAUAGCCUAACAUGCACUGUAGAGACCACUGUUCUCCUACUCUGCUUGGGUGGCAACCUGUCAAAUUUUUCUUGGAAGAGGUCCUGUGUAACAUUUUGCUGUCCUGUGUCAACACGACAGUCCUGGUUCAUUACAUCAUGCAUAUGCAUUGUAUGGCAUGCCAGUGUAUUGCAAAAUUAUUUUCCUACAUGUUGUUAGUGAUACACUGACCCUUGAACACACAUCAUCAGACUUUGCAGAGAGCCACUUCUAUUGGAGCCACAUUGGCAGCUACUUGCGCAGAUGGCAGUCAUGCUGACCUAGUGCUGCUAGUGCAUAACAAGCCAUCUUGUUUGCUUCCCCCCCCCCUUUAUUCUUGCCGCCUGAUAGGCAGGCUCUCGAGGGGGUAUUGACAAGGCUGGGACACCGGCCCUGACUCGCUGCUUUCACUGCGCCUCUCCUCAGCUGUGAUCUCCCCGACACCUGCUGUUUCACAUUCUCAACUGGCUGAAAACAAACCUACCAUCUUGCCUUGGUUGGUGCAGCCGUUUCAGAGAUCGUGCGACAACCACAGAGUUGUCCACGGGGGACGACGGGACAGUUUCUAAGUGGUACGGGCGAGACACCUCACCUGAGACAGCAUUGCAUCAAGGCUGAAGUGUAGUGAUUAUCAGGUACCUCAUCCCCCGCAGCUAUUGCUUAAAAUAUGCUGAAAGCAGUCUUGCAUGGUUAUUUUACUGGUACAAUGUAUCAUGCAAUAUUUUGGGUACACCGCAUCGUGACAUAGUGCUCUGCAGUAGCCCAGAUUUCACUAUGAUAUGGCUGCAUGGAAUUGUGCAUUGUAGUUGCACCUGUGAUACAGAAUGUCAAAGUGCAAUCAUAUUGUAUUUUGAGAUGCAUAUUGAAAAUCUUCCUUGAUGUUCGGAAGUAGGUCAUGAAGGUGCAGUUCUUUCGAAGACAUACAAGUAGCAUCCACACACACACACACACACACUAGUGUCAUGUAUCUGCGAAGUGUUAACAGAAAAGUAGUUAAUUUAUGGGGCUCUUGUUGGAUAUGUGCCUGUGAAUUGAAUGCAAUGCUCAUCUGCUGCUGAGUGAUGCUGCUGUGAUGGCAUUGUGGUGCUCACUUAUGACGUGAUAUGCAGUUAUUAUUUUCACUUGUUCGUUGAUUACGCUGAUGAUCUUAUGCUACGUACUGCCAAACCAAGAGAGGAACCGCAGAUUACCCUCUGCACACACCAAGUUUUAGAAACAACUUUAGGCCCAAGUGAUUUACUCAGGUUACACAUCAUUAUCAUCUUUCAAUCAGCAUGCAUGUUCGAAAGCAAUGUUCCUCAUACUAGUCCUAGUACAUAUUAGCAUUGUGGUAGGACAUAAAGACACUGACUAAGACACUUUGUGGUCCUACUGGAGAUCUAACAUCCCAUUAUAAAUUGUUCGGUCAUUGUUACUUGACGUUCCACUAUUACACUGCUGCGUGCAGACAAUGAUUGCUAAAGCUGCAUUUCGUUUUGAAAUGACCCAGGAUACUUGGUCAGUUUUAUGAGCAGGUGGAAUGUACGCAUACUUGUUGCGAGUGUGUGGUGUGUCGUACAUACCUGAGGAGCUGUUGAACUUUCAUCCGAAAUAUUAAAAGACAGUUAUGCAACAUC